UAGGAUUACAGACGUGAGCAACCACAUGUGGCCUACAGAUGAUUCUUAUGCACAGCAAUAUUUGGGAACUGCUGGACUAGACUACCUUUGAUGGCCUUGUCAGCUCUAUAAUUCUAUUGUGGGGUUUUAGUGAAAAGAAAUUUGUGUCAGAACAUAAUAGUCCAAUGACAGAAGGAGUAUGAGUUUAUUCAUUUUCACUUGUGACUUUUGUAUGGUUGUAACGGUCACAUAUUGUACUUCAUCUUACUGUGUGGAUGUUAAAGAGUAAAUGAUUACUGGGGUUGUCCUUUUUAUUUCAAUAUGCUAAUUCUGUGAAGGUCCUUCUAGCUUGUAAUUUUGUGAAAACCCAAAGCUACCUACACAUUAAUUCUGUCUCCAUCAUAUGAUUCUGCAAUCACAGAAAACCCAUGAAACAACUUUAAGACAAUAAACAUUGGCUUAGUGGAAUGAGGCAGAAGGAUUUUCCUGGUACUAAGACGAGGGAUCCUCCUCUAGAAAAUGGAAAGGAAAUGAUUGUUUACUAUGGCCUAGAGCUGGAUUUAUCAUGAGUUGAAGCCGCGGAUCUUUAAUCAAGUCCCCCACCCACCCCACCUGUGAGAUCUGAAAUACUGGAGAACUUGGAAUUAUUACCCUGGGAUUUUUCUGAUAGACAUUUUUAGAUUAUGUAAGAUAUAUGUAUAUAUCCCUACCCCUAUUCUCAGUACUCUUACCAGAUGAUACUGAAUAUUCUAGGGGUAUUUGCAGGAGAAUUCUUUUAGAUAUUGCAGCUAUAUUCUUUCUCUUGUUCUGGAUAUUAAUCUAAUUUUCAAAUAUGCAUUCAUGCUUGAGACUGACAGGCUCAAGUUCCUGGCAGUGGCUGUUUCUGCACCUAGUCAUCUGACUGAGAAUAUGGGGCCCUAAGCUGUUGAGGGUAAUCACUUAAAUACAUCUCCCUUAAUCUUCUUUGCUGGGCAGUGAGAAAAGGAGACAGUAAGGAGCCAGGGGAACGGAGAGAAUUGUGGGGAAACUCCGCUCCUUGAGCUCCUGCUGCCUAUUUUUCAUUUCUUGGGAAUCCAUGCCAAGAUGCCUUCCUUCCUUGGCCUAAAGUGUCUGGGGAAAUUGUGCAGCUCUGAGAAAAGCAAAGUCACCUCAUCUGAGAGAACCAGUGCCAGGGGCUCGAACAGAAAGAGACUGAUUGUUGAAGACUGGAGGGUAUCUGGGACCUCCUUCCCCGCUCACAGGCGUGCCACUGUCACUCAGUUGCUGUAUCUCUGUCCCGAGGACUACUGCCCACGUGGGCACAUAUGUAACAGCGUUGAUCCUUUUGUGGCCCACCCUCAGGACCCUCACCACCCAUCGGAGAAGCCUGUCAUUCACUGCCAUAAAUGUGGGGAGCCUUGCAAGGGUGAAGUGCUUCGGGUCCAGACCAAACAUUUCCACAUCAAGUGUUUCACCUGCAAAGUGUGUGGCUGUGACCUGGCACAAGGGGGCUUCUUCAUAAAGAACGGAGAGUAUCUCUGCACACUGGACUACCAGCGGAUGUAUGGGACACGCUGCCAUGGCUGUGGGGACUUCGUGGAAGGAGAAGUUGUGACCGCUCUGGGCAAGACCUACCAUCCCAAUUGCUUUGCUUGUACUAUCUGCAAGCGCCCGUUUCCACCCGGAGACCGAGUCACAUUCAAUGGGAGAGACUGCCUUUGUCAACUCUGUGCACAGCCGAUGUCAUCCAGUCCGAAAGAAACCACCUUCUCUAGCAAUUGUGCUGGCUGCGGAAGAGAUAUCAAGAAUGGGCAGGCACUGCUGGCGCUGGAUAAGCAGUGGCACUUGGGGUGCUUUAAAUGCAAGUGCUGCGGGAAGGUCCUCACCGGGGAGUACAUCAGCAAGGACGGUGCCCCGUACUGUGAAAAGGACUACCAGGGACUCUUUGGGGUGAAAUGUGAGGCGUGUCACCAGUUUAUCACAGGGAAAGUCCUGGAGGCAGGUGACAAACAUUACCACCCCAGCUGUGCACGAUGCAGCAGAUGCAACCAGAUGUUCACAGAAGGAGAGGAAAUGUAUCUUCAAGGUUCCACCGUUUGGCAUCCCGACUGUAAGCAAUCUACGAAGACCGAGGAAAAGCUGCGGCCGCCAAACAUUCGGCGUUCUCCAUCCGAUUUCUUUUAUCCCAAAAGUCUGAUUCGACGCACAGGACGGUCUCCAUCUCUGCAGCCUACCAGGACAUCCUCGGAAAGUAUUUAUUCUAGACCAGGCUCCAGUAUUCCUGGCUCACCAGGUCAUACUAUCUAUGCAAAAGUAGACAAUGAGAUCCUGGAUUACAAGGACUUAGCGGCCAUUCCCAAGGUCAAGGCAAUUUAUGACAUUGAACGUCCAGAUCUUAUUACCUAUGAGCCUUUCUACACUUCGGGCUAUGAUGACAAACAGGAGCGACAGAGCCUCGGAGAGUCUCCAAGGACUUUGUCUCCUACUCCAUCGGCAGAAGGGUACCAGGACGUUCGGGAUCGGAUGAUCCAUCGGUCCACUAGCCAGGGCUCCAUCAGCUCCCCUGUGUACAGCCGCCACAGUUACACUCCAACCACGUCACGCUCUCCCCAGCAUUUCCACAGACCUGAGCUUUUGUCUCCUGGUGUGCAGAGGUUGUCCUACCUGCGCACCAGCAGCCUCAGCCCCACCCACAGCGACUCCCGCCCCAACCCCCCUUUCCGACACCACUUCAUUCCCCAUAUCAAAGGCAAUGAGCCGUCCAGCGGCCGGAACUCCCCUCUCCCUUACCGGCCAGACAGCCGCCCUCUAACUCCAACUUACGCUCAGGCCCCUAAACAUUUCCAUGUUCCAGAUCAAGGGAUCAACAUUUACCGAAAACCACCCAUCUACAAACAGCAUGAUGCAGCUGCCUUGGCAGCCCAGAGCAAGUCCUCAGAAGAUAUCAUCAAGUUUUCCAAGUUCCCAGCAGCCCAGGCACCAGACCCCAGCGAGACACCAAAGAUUGAGACGGACCACUGGCCUGGUCCCCCCUCAUUUGCCGCCGUAGGACCUGACAUGAGACGCAGAUCUAGUGGCAGAGAGGAAGAUGAUGAGGAACUUCUGAGACGCCGGCAGCUUCAAGAAGAGCAAUUAAUGAAGCUUAACUCAGGCCUGGGACAGUUGAUAUUGAAAGAAGAGAUGGAGAAAGAGAGCCGAGAAAGGUCAUCUCUGUUAGCCAGUCGCUAUGAUUCACCCAUCAACUCAGCUUCACAUAUUCCAUCAUCUAAAACUGCAUCUCUCCCUGGCUAUGGAAGAAAUGGGCUCCAUCGGCCUGUUUCUACCGACUUCGCUCAGUAUAACAGCUACGGAGAUGUCAGCGGGGGAGUUCGAGAUUACCAGACACUUCCAGAUGGCCACAUGCCUGCAAUGAGAAUGGACCGAGGAGUGUCUAUGCCCAACAUGUUGGAGCCAAAGAUAUUUCCAUAUGAAAUGCUCAUGGUGACCAACAGAGGGCGAAACAAAAUCCUAAGAGAGGUGGACAGAACCAGGCUGGAGCGCCACUUAGCCCCUGAAGUGUUUCGGGAAAUCUUUGGAAUGUCCAUACAGGAGUUUGACAAGUUACCUCUUUGGAGACGCAACGACAUGAAGAAAAAAGCAAAACUCUUCUAAGUUCCAACUCUAAAGGACUGACCUGACCGUGGCAGUACCCCAGAGGAUGUCAUAUUGAGGCCCAAACUCAAUUGGAGAAUUUGCAAGCUAUCAUCGCUCAGCAAUACCAAAAAGAGAAAGUCUGGUUAAAACACCCAUGAGUCCAACAUCAGAACAGCCAAGAGUAAUACUUGCCAAGAAGCAUGGGGUAGAAACUUCUGUGUUCCGAAACACAGAGUAGUGCCCACAUGUGACCUUUUCACAUGACCUUAUGUACACAACAGGAGCUGCGUUGUUUUCUUCUUUUGUUUUCCUCUACCUGUUCUCCAACAGUAGUGCUGACUGUACGGAUAAGAGCCAGCAAGUGCCCUUAGGAUGCCACAUGGGAAAAAUCGGUUGUCAUAAUUUCAAAGUAUAAAUAUAUUUAUUGUGUAGCGCUGUGGCUAAGAAGGAAGAGUGAGGGGUCUGUUCAUGUGGCGGCAGUGAUUUCACAGCCACCUUUCUUGACUGGCGUCAUGUUGCUUCACCUGCGCUCUGGCAGGUGAACAGGGCAGGUCAGGGAACAGGGCAGCUCUGUUUGGGGUGAAUAACAGCAAAAUUAAUUCUUAACAAGCUCCUUGUUCUCUACCGUUUGCCGGGACCUGGUUGACAAAUGACUUACCUAUUAGUAUAUUUAAAAAAACUGUUCAAAAGCAAAAGAGAAGGAACAGGAAUGAAAGGGAACCUUCUCUUAACUCUUUCUGCUUCCCAUAGCGAGCCUGGUUUCUGGUUUCCGCCGAAGACAGGAGCUGUCUCGAGCUCCACCUUUGCAAGGAAAGGAAAAACACAAAUUGCCUCCAGAUUGGCUCAGUGGCAUGCCAUUAGGUGAUUUUGCCCAGAAGCCAUAUCACUCUUGGCAAAAAAAAAAAAAAAAAAAAAAAAAAAGCCCCAUGUUCUACUGACUCCAGCCCUUCCACCAUUGCCCUCUGCUGUCUCUCUGGCAUCCUAUGAAUCAGAUCAAGCCCAUGCUGUUGGUUUUUAAGGUUUCUUUCAGUAAUAGGCUAAGGAAAGACAUGUUUUUCUCUUUGAAAUCUCUGCAACUCCAAAGUAGACUCGCUUAAACAGAUUUAAUUUGGCCUUUUCGGCUUUUUUCUUGCCUAGCUCUGUUGACUUCAUGCGUGUGUGUGUGCAUGUUGGUUUCACUCACUCAGAGUAAUUUUGUGAGUCUGCAUGUGCUUUUUAAUUUCUACUCGAAUGUUUGUCCCACGGUGUUGCAGCUUCUAAAGACAUUUUCACCAAGUGUAUGUGACUCAAGAUCAAGAGUGAGGCUAAACUGCGCCCCCAACAUCACUUCCUUCAUGGAAAGGUGUUGGUGCUGAUGUAGCUCAUAACAGGAUCGAGGAAGGAUGAGGCGGGAUAUGGAGGUCAGAGCAUCUCGCGAGAGCACCUCAGAC